GAAUAAUAACCCGCGGAUUCUUUGCUUUUCAUUUUUUUAGUUAGUGCAAAUUAAUUUGAUUAAUUGCGCAUGUAAUUGCGCAUGUAUUGCGGGUAAUUUUAAGUGCACUCUCUCGACUUGUACCUGCCUUGCAGCAGACCACUAAAGGGAAUAGAAGCUUGUGUGGAGUCGCCAAGUGAUGAAACACAGUGAUAGGGGCACGCUUGCCUUCUAAACCGCUGCUCGCAGAGCUUCCUAUCGCACUGCAUUUCGCUUGCUGGAGUUUGAAAGACUAAAACCCACCAACUGGUUAGCAAAAGAGACGGAUAGAAAGUUUGAAAAAAAAUGACUGACUACAAUGAUGGUGCAAUUAUCUACAUGUAACGUUAAUUUGUAAGUUUAGUUUGGAAGAAAUCGGCGGUUGAUAUUGCAGGGAUGUCUUUCUGAAACGUACCGAAAGCCGCAUUAGUAGCAUCAGAGGAGACCCAGUGGAAGAUAUUGGAACUUGGUACAUUAUCUUUGAUAAUGCCGUCUAAUAAGGCGACACCCGACUAUGUGGCUCUUUUAAUCGGCUUCGUCGUAAUCACUAAACAUGUCGUCGCUCAGAAUGACACUGAGCCCAUUGUCCUGGAGGGCAAAUGUCUCGUGGUUUGUGACUCUAAUCCGGCUACGGAUUGGAAAGGCUCCUCUUCACCGCUCGGCAUCUCGGUGCGCGCAGCGAACUCCAAGGUGGCUUUCUCCGCCGUCAGGAGCAACAACCACGAGCCGUCGGAAAUGAGUAAUAAAACCCGAAUCAUAUACUUCGACCAAGUUCUUGUCAACAUAGGAAACUAUUUCACAUUGGAAUCUGUAUUUCUGUCACCUCGGAAAGGCAUCUACAGUUUUAACUUUCACGUUAUUAAAGUGUAUCAGAGCCAAACCAUACAGGUGAACCUGAUGCUGAAUGGGAAGCCUGUUAUCUCGGCCUUCGCAGGCGACAAGGACGUGACCCGCGAGGCUGCCACCAACAGCGUCCUCCUCUACCUAGACAAAGAGGACAAGAUCUACCUGAAGCUGGAAAAGGGGAACCUGGUGGGUGGGUGGCAGUACUCCACCUUCUCUGGCUUCCUCGUGUUCCCUCUCUGAAGAGGGGACAUAGCUGCCAUGGCGAGGCCUCCACCUUCGCCCCUGGCCAACAACCUUUGUCAUUGUGUAACCUAUCAGUCAGCAUUAACUGGAAGCACCUUAACGGAGGUGCCCUUCCAGACGCUCAUUAACUGUCACCUGACGGAGGGAGAAAUUGUGCUUUGGCCACUUGGCGUCCAGAAAGUGUGUGUCCACUUUUUUUCCUGAUGCAAAACCACGUCUUGAGAUCUGCUGCAGUUCAUUGUUGCCUUUAUAUAUUUCCCAAAUUCAGCAGAAACCUUUUUGGUGUCUUUACUGUCAGAGAUGUGGAUUUGUUUGUUUAUUUAUUUCUCUAUUUAACCAUGCCUGGUUUGUGGCUGGGGCUGAUUUGAUCAGUUGGACUUUGAUUCCUGUGAAUAUGUGUCGUUAGUGGUUGGUCAUGUAUCAUAUGUUUUAUUUGACAGCCAAGUAUGAUUUCCUUUGGGGAAUUACAGGGAGAAAGUGUCUCAGCAUAGGGUUUGCACAGCAAAAGUAAAAAUUAUA